AUGUUAGUAAGUGACGUUCUCAAGACGCCUGAAGCCCUAGGGCUAUCAUUUGUCGUUGGCGUCAUCUUGCAUAUUUUUGUUUUUCGUUAUGGUGAAUGGGACUUGGAAGCUCAACGGCUCAUCAUAACAUUUGCUGUCGCCUAUGGGACGACCGUGGCAUCAAUAAUGGCAGCUCCCAUGAUCGCACCUCCAGCAUUGCACAAAUUUGACCCAACUAGCUUUUCCGACGCUUUUAAUGCAACGGGAGUUCUCUUUUCGAUGCUGGUCGUCGGCAUUUACACGAGUAUGACGAUAUAUCGUGGCUUUUUCCAUCGAUUAAACCGAUUUCCUGGGCCGUUCUUUGCCAAGUUCUCAAAUCUAUAUGUAACCUUGAAGAUAUGGAAAGAAAUGCAUCUGCACGAGGACGUCCGGGAACUUCACAGAAUAUAUGGUGAUAUAGUUCGAGUUGGUCCGACUGAGCUUUCCAUCAACACACCGGAUGCUAUUGACGCCGUAUUCCUUGAGACAGACUGCUAUAAGGGCCCUUGGUAUAAUCUGCUUCAUCCGAUGGUCUCUAUGCAAAUGGUUAGGGAUAAGGAGGCCCACUCCACGCGCCGCAAAGCUUGGGAAUAUGGCUUCACCUCUAAAGCUUUGCGCGAGUAUGAGCCUCGAGUGCUAAAAUACACUAACCAACUACUCAAUGGAAUUGAAGCCAGCGCGGGCACAAAGUUCAACGCGUCCUUGUGGUUCAACUUCUACAGUUUUGACGUCAUGGGUGAGUUUUCCCUUGGCCACGGGUUCCGCAUGCUUGAGGACGGCGUUGCACACUUUUAUAUGGACGGCCUGCAUAACGAGACCCUGGCCGUGGGCCGCUUUACGCACGCAAUGUGGGCACUUCCGCUCUACCGUAAGAUGUCACUGUGGAAUGCCGAAUUACGGCGGUUCAAAAGUUGGAUCUCGCUUCAGGUGCAGCAGCGCAUCCAGAAUAAGCCUGAGAGUCCAGACCUUUUCACAGGGGUGCUCGAAGAUUACGAGUCCAGGGAGAAACAUUCGUUCCAGGACAUGCUAAACUUGUAUGGAGAUUGCAUUUUGAUCACGGUUGCUGGAAGCGAUACUGUUGCAGCUGUACUUUCAUGUCUCUUCAUGGAACUAGCGCGUCAUCCAAACGAAUAUCGAAAACUACAGCACGAGAUUGAUGAAUACUUUCGAGAUCAUGAGAACCCCGAGCACGCGCCCCUUUCAAAGUUGCGAUAUCUUCAAGCUUGUAUCGAUGAGUCUCUGCGCUUGCAUCCGCCUGUGCCUUCUGGCGUGCAAAGAAUGACGCCACCUGAAGGCUUGCAAGUCAACGACACUUGGCUCCCGGGUGACACCAUCGUAUUUGUUCCGUCUUACACACAAUACAGAGAUGCUCGAUUCUUCGACGACCCAGAUGCCUUCAUACCAGAGCGGUGGAUUGACCGGCCGGAGCUUGUAAAGAAUGCUUCAGUUUACGUGCCCUUUUCAACAGGGCAUGAUGUUUGCAUCGGCAAGCAAUUAGGUUUAUUAGAAGUCCGCUUUGUGGUCAGCGCAGUCGUGCAUAGGUAUAAUGUGAGAUAUGCACAGGGCCAGACUGGGGAGAAGUUUUUGGCGGAGAACAAGGACACAGGCACUCUGACUGUAGCUCCCCUCAACUUAGUAUUCGAGCCUAAAAAGGCAUGA